AUGACUCGGAAAAGCUCGCAGUGGAGCGAUCGGACAGGUAAAGAUGGCGUUCUGCUGAAUGGACUCCUGUCAGAGAAGUUCGUGGACUAUGUCCAGCGAUUAGAAAGUUUGAUGUUUUCCUUUUUCUCUUCAGAUGACACUGGCUGCCCUAGUAGCCAGUCAGUAUCUCCAGUUAAGACUCCUUCUGAUGCUGGGAACAGUCCCAUCAGUUUUUGCACUGGUAGCGAUGGAGACAUCUCCAGGAAGAAAUUCAGUCCAGGGACAAUGAGUGAAGGGAACCCGCAGUUGGCUCGAUACAAGAAAGAGGCCAAGACAAGUCUCAUAAAGCCUGGGAGUGAAGCUGACUUCAGCUCUUCAAGCAGCACAGGCAGCAUUUCAGCGCCUGAGGUCCGUGUCUCUGCUGCUGGAAGCAAAAGAUCGUCUUUUUCUCGCAACCGUGGCCCUUAUGGUCGGAGUAAUGGAUCCUCAUCCUACAAGUCUGGAGCCAGCCCACCCGCUUCCCGUGAAAAAGACCCUUUCUCAACACCGUGCAAGAACCAGCUGAGUCCUGCUAACAUCCAUCAGAGUUAUAGGGCUUCUUCAGCCAGCAGCAGCAACUCAGGCUCCUACAAAGGAAGCGACAGCAGCCCAGUGAUGAGGCGAUCAGCGAGAUACAGUUCUUGUGGCGACAGUCACAGCGUUAAGCCACAAAAUCCGGAGCAGUAUUUGACUCCUCUGCAGCAGAAAGAAGUCACUGUACGUCAUCUGAAAACAAAGCUGAAGGAAUCUGAGAGCAAACUUAAGGAAAGGUAUAUUUCACUNGAAGAGCUCAAAGCUCAGCUGGGACGGAUGAGGGAAGACUGGAUUGAGGAAGAGUGUAAUCGUGUAGAGGCAGAGCUGGCCUUAAAGGAAGCAAGAAGCAAAAUUAAACAACUCAAGCAGGUUAUGGAAACCAUGAAAAACAGCUUGGCUGAGAAAGACCAAAAAAUUCGGAAAUACUUCAUAGACAUAAACAUUCAAAACAAGAAACUGGAAUCUUUGCUGCAGAGCAUGGAGAUGGCUCAGGACAGCUCUGCGAGAGAUGAGCAGUGCCUGGAGCACACGUGUGACGCAGAGGGGAAGCCUUUCGUGUGCCAGGUGCCGGACAGCCUCAUCGCAGAGGACCAAGCUCUGGAGGAGGUGGCAGAUAGUGGGCUACUUCUUCAGGAGGAUGCUAGCGCUGACGGGGCUGAUUCCUCUGAACGGAGCUUGGCCACCACAACCACCGAGUUGAGUGAUGCAGCUCCCUCCAGUUCUGCUCUGAAUAAGGAGAUGCUUGAAAAUCUCACUUCUGCUCAGGAGGAGGAGAAAAGCAGAAACGUAACGGUGGAACAGGCUGUCCAGACUGACGUGGUGCCAUAUAGCCUGGAUGUGGAGCAGCUCAUUCUAAACAUCUUCAGAGCUCAAGAUGCCUGUCCUCUAAGCCCACCUUCUUCACUGAAAGAACUGGGUGAAUUUUCUCUGGGAAGCUUCAGUGAUUCUGGGAUAAUGGUGGACUUAACUCCAAGUGAUCCAAACUUUGCCAUCCUUUUGUCUCCUAUGGAGUCUCCAUGCAAGAAGGUGGAGCACAGAGUUAAAGAAAGCCGUUUCAUGAAAGAACUGGAUUUUACAGAAUCUGAUGAUGAGGAAGCCUUUGAGUAUCUCCCUACUUUCUCUCAGACAGGAAUAAAGACGAGAUACUGGAGCAGCAGUCUCCUCAGAGAUGUUCUGGCUGUAGCAGUCCCUGUUGUACCAACUAUCAUGUGGGCUUUCAGUACUCAGAGAGGAGGAACCGAUCCCAUCUACAAUAUCAGCGCAUUGCUUCGUGGCUGCUGCCUGCUGGCCCUGCACUCCUUACGCCGUACGCCCUUCCACAUCAUAACCUAAAGUUCACUCUAUGCCUGAGCACCAGCUGGCUGAGGCGGAAAGAGGGAUGAGACAGAGCAUAAAAGGUUCAUGUAUAUUUAGGCAGAGCCUAUCAUUUUGGUUUUGACUGUUUGAUUUGCACUAUAAUUCGGUUUGAAAACAUGUUCCUUGUUUCCAGAUGAAAAA